AUGCCGCAAGACAUGCCAAACUUUUCUCAUGAACUCUGUAAUAGAAGAGAAGCACUGCCAUCUGAAUUUACCAUGACCUAUUAUCGAGAAGUUGUGAACGAUCAUGGUACAUUCCGUGGAAUGUACGAUCCCUCUGAAGACACAUUGGAUAUCAUCGAAUCGCCUAGUUUUGAGAACGCUAGCAAACUAUCGCUAAGAAGAAUCUUACACUGCUUGUCACCACGGUCUCAUAGAGUAAUAAGAGGUCCAGGAAUUCACAAAUUCCGAGUAUGGCUCAAUAAGAAACCAAUACUUUCUUCUCCGGAGUCCUUAGAUUCAGAAUCCCAUUUCAUAGACGAAGCGUCAGAUAGUUGCCAUUACGAACCAUUCAGAACCGUCCCUUUACCUAGAAGAAAUAAACACCGUACUAAAAUCACUGAAUAUAGCCACAGUUUGAGGCAGACGGUACGGCAAUGGUUUCACCAUGAUUUAACUUCGCAAAACCAAACGUCAAAAAACUAUCAUCAUCUAGACGAGUCUACGAUGGAUAGUGCAUAUUCCAAUUCCACAUUGGCUGAUGGACUUGUAGAUUAUAAGACGAAACGUCAAACAUAUUCACCGACACAAACCUUCGAUGGACCAACAGCACUUAUGUAA